GCUGGCAGGGGUCACCCUGCUUCCCAGAAUCCCCACCUGCUUUUGUCCCCUCCUGGAGAAGGGGUGCGGAGAACUCAAGCUCCUCAGUCUCUGAGCCCUUCGCCCUCCUCUGCCUGCAGACUCCACAGAAGCUGUGACACCAUGUGCGACGACGAGGAGACCACUGCCUUGGUCUGCGACAAUGGCUCCGGGCUGGUGAAGGCCGGCUUCGCUGGCGAUGAUGCGCCCCGUGCUGUCUUCCCCUCCAUUGUGGGCCGCCCGCGCCACCAGGGAGUCAUGGUGGGUAUGGGGCAGAAGGAUUCCUAUGUAGGUGAUGAGGCCCAGAGCAAACGAGGUAUUCUGACUCUAAAGUACCCUAUUGAACAUGGCAUCAUCACCAACUGGGACGACAUGGAGAAGAUCUGGCACCACACGUUCUACAACGAGCUUCGUGUGGCUCCUGAGGAGCAUCCCACUCUGCUCACUGAGGCCCCACUGAACCCCAAGGCCAACCGCGAGAAGAUGACUCAGAUCAUGUUUGAGACUUUCAAUGUCCCAGCCAUGUAUGUGGCCAUCCAGGCAGUGCUGUCCCUCUACGCUUCUGGCCGCACCACAGGGAUUGUUCUGGACUCUGGGGAUGGUGUGACUCACAAUGUCCCCAUCUAUGAGGGCUAUGCUUUGCCCCAUGCCAUCAUGCGCCUGGAUUUAGCUGGUCGGGAUCUGACUGACUACCUCAUGAAGAUCCUCACUGAGCGUGGCUACUCCUUUGUUACCACUGCGGAACGGGAAAUUGUCCGUGACAUUAAAGAGAAGCUGUGCUAUGUGGCCCUGGAUUUUGAGAAUGAGAUGGCCACAGCUGCCUCUUCCUCCUCCCUGGAGAAGAGCUAUGAACUGCCUGAUGGUCAAGUCAUCACUAUUGGCAAUGAGCGCUUCCGCUGUCCUGAGACACUCUUCCAGCCCUCCUUCAUUGGUAUGGAAUCUGCUGGCAUCCAUGAGACAACUUACAAUAGCAUCAUGAAGUGUGACAUUGAUAUCCGCAAGGACCUGUAUGCCAACAAUGUGUUAUCUGGAGGUACCACCAUGUACCCUGGCAUUGCUGAUCGAAUGCAAAAGGAAAUCACUGCCCUGGCUCCCAGCACCAUGAAGAUUAAGAUCAUUGCUCCCCCUGAGCGUAAGUAUUCUGUUUGGAUCGGUGGCUCCAUUCUGGCCUCCCUGUCCACCUUCCAGCAGAUGUGGAUCAGCAAGCAGGAGUAUGAUGAGGCUGGUCCAUCCAUCGUCCACCGCAAGUGCUUCUAAGGUGCUUUCUCUCUUAGUCUACCUUCCAUUCAGGAUGACAGUAUUAUGCUUAUUGGAGUCUUUGGAAUUACCCUCCCUCAUCUCUCAUAAAUCAUUGUACAGUUUGUUUACACACAUGCGAUUUAUUUGUGCUUCUAAUAUUUAUUGCUUUAUAAAUAAAUCAGACCAGGACUUGCAACCUA